UUGUUCACGAAUAUCGACAGCCCAAACUGUUUUUCAUUGUUGACGUCCAGAGUUCACGAAGCUCCUCUCGUGAUGAACCGGGCUUCUUCUGACUACACGAACAAGUUUUUCUCUCUUUCUUACGAAUUCUGGUUUUGACAGCUUCGCUGCUGAAUUUGCUGGCAAGUUGAAAGUCAGACAAAAGUACGUAAGUGCUACUUAAUUUCGAGUAAAUAAGUUGCUUCAAAUGAUUAUCAUCGAACUGUUCUCCGAUUUCCAUAGCCUUUAAUAAGUAAUUAAGAGCUUUCUUACAAUCACCAAGAAGAAAAUACGAGUCUCCAAUAUAAUAAUACGCUGUUGCUAACUUUCGCUUAUACCCAAGUUUACUGAAUCCCUCACUGCAUUGCGUGUAGAAUUUCACAGAGUUUCUGAGAUCCAUUAUAAUCGUUGACAGACCCAAAUCCAAUCUCAAGGUACCCAGUCUGUAGUCCAAAUCCUUUUCUUCCUCAAAUGAAUCUGAUUCCAAAAGAUGGUACUUUGCGCGGAAGUAAUACUGUGAUGCCAACGUGAAAUAGCCGUUAGAUUUACAAUCCUCGUCCUGGCUUUUCUCCGCUAGCUCCACGUGGUGA